AUGUCGGACCGUGUCUCUGCGGCAUCAAUGGAUGUAAAUUCUAGGCUUGAUGAGCCCGAGCGUCGCACUCCAGACACGCUAACGGUGGCGAGUGACCUCGUUGGGGAUGUGGAGGUGGUCGACUACGAGUCUGACACUCCUUUUCCAGGAUGGAAUGACGAGGAAGACGAGCCGCACCAGCGGCGUGAGGUGAACCCUGCUCGCGCCUUGCGGAUCCCAUAUCUUUUUUCUGACUUCUCGUCACCUGAGGAACGUGAUGUAAUCACCAAUGACCUCGAUGAGGCACAGAAGCGACAGCUGGAAGCUGCCCGUAAGGCUGAUCUGUUGCGCAUCCAUCCACGGUAA